UUAUAGAGGCACUUAGUGCAUUUCCUCUGUCUCCUCUCCUGCAGCUCUUCUUUGGGGCCGGAAAUGCACUUAUACUUUUAUCUCAAAUUAAAUUUGUGCACAUAAUUUAUUGGGCGCUGAUGUUCUGCAGGAGUGCCUGGACUGGAACAUGGGACUGUGUACAUAGAUCAGUUGUACUGAGGCUCUGAAUGUGAGUUAAAAGACCUAGUCUCUUCUAGCUCCACCUCAACGUUUGAUUCUGGCUGUCUCUGAUUAUCAUGCUGAAGAAGAGGAACCCUGAGGUGCUGAUGGACCGGGAGGUUCUGCUGGAUCUGGACUACAGCGGCGAGACUCAUGUUCCAGACAGUUAUGGAAGCCUGAAAAAUGGGGGUUUCAUCCCACCCAGAUAUUUGAAUACUGCGGUUAAUGAUGAGGAUGAUGACCCCAUAUAUGUUCAUUGUGAGCGGACCUCAAGCCCACCUGUUCACCCCUCGGGCAACUACCUCAGAGACGGCCAAACAAAAAUAGACUUUGUGCUGGUGUGGGAGGUGAAGGUGCGUCGCAAGCGUCGAAGUCGGGGACAGUCGCAAGGGGAGGCUGCAGAGGAGGCAGUAGAAGCAGCACAGGAGGAGAGCAGGUCAGAGAGAAGAAAAGCUCAGCUGGCCCGAUGGAGGCACAAAUUCAUCCAGAACCUCCAGAGUGCUGGACUGUUGAUGGAAAAGGAGGAAUCAUCCAGUGUAAAAAAGACUAUACACUAUCUGAAGCUCCAUGCUCCAUGGGAUGUGUUGGUGUACUACGCUGAGGAGUUUUGUCUUAGAGCACCUCUGCAGGCACAGCCACACCCAGACUUCAACACUUCUGCUCAAGUUCUUCAGAAGCUCUGGGUGCCGAACAUCAUGAAAGACUCAGUCCCCAACCGUCCUGUGGACUACUACACAUGUGUCUUCCGCAAGUCCAAAAUGGAAAAGUUUCUGGGCUCUGAUGACCGUGAAAACUACUUCACCAACACACAGAGACACCGCAUUGUGUAUGAAAUCUUAGCAAGGACUGUGUAUGGCAGGAGGAAGCGUGCAGAAGUUGGAGUCGCUCGUCUAAUGAAUGAGGGGGCUUUUACGGGUGCAUUCCCUCUGCAUGAGGGACCAUUUGAGCUCCCAGGUUGUGACAUGCAGCCCGAUCAGUUGAACAAGAGGCAGGUACUGUACCACUACUGGUCCAACUGGUUAAAAUGGUAUAAGUACCAGCCUCUAGAUCACAUCCGUGAAUACUUUGGAGAGAAGAUUGCGCUUUAUUUUGCAUGGUUGGGAUUUUACACAGCCUGGCUUUUGCCUGCUGCAUUGGUUGGGACGUGCGUCUUUGUUUCGGGUAUUUUGACAAUGGGAUCCAAUACCCCAGCGAAGGAAAUCUGCGAGAGUGGAGGAUUUUAUCUAAUGUGUCCUCUGUGUGAAACCUGUAAACCCUGGAAUAUAUCAGACAUCUGUCCCAUGGCCAAGGUGGGCUAUCUGUUUGAUCAUCCCGGCACUGUCUUCUUCAGUGUGUUCAUGUCUUUGUGGGCCGUCACGUUCUUGGAAUACUGGAAACGCAAGAAUGCCACUCUCGCUCACCACUGGGACUGCAUGGAUUUCCAUGAAGAUGAGGAACCACCACGUCCUGAGUUUGUUGCCAUGGCUCCUGCAAUGGAGGAAAACCCAGUGACAGGAGUAAAGGAACCCUACUUUCCUGAAAAGGCCCGGAUUUCACGCAUUCUGACCGGCUCUAUGGUCAUUGUUAUAAUGGUGAGACCCACUGGAGUUGUCAGAGGUUUAAUGGAGCUACAAAUUUUUAAAGACCAAAGAGAGGGAGCUGGGAAUAUUGCCAAUAUCUCCAGCAGUUUGGUGAACCUGGCUUUGAUCUUGCUGAUGGGGCAGGUCUACACAGCCCUGGCAGAACAGCUCACUAAAUGGGAAAUGCACAGAACACAGACACAAUAUGAAGAUGCCUUUACAUUCAAAGUCUUCAUCUUCCAGUUUGUCAACUUUUACUCGUCGCCCUUCUAUGUAGCCUUCUUCAAGGGCAGAUUUGUGGGCUAUCCUGGUCAUUAUGGCACACUAUUCGGGAUGCGGAAUGAGGAUUGCGGACCAGGAGGUUGUCUGAUAGAACUGGCUGAGCAGCUCUGCAUCAUCAUGGUGGGAAAACAACUUAUCAACAACGUUCAGGAGUUUGUCAUCCCUAAAAUAAAGGCUUGGAGACAGAAACGGGCCUUAUCAUCUGUGAAAAAGGCCCAGAAGGCAGAGGAGCCCAAGUGCUGGGAGCAGGACUAUGAGUUGAUUCCAUGUGAGGGGCUUUUUGACGAGUAUCUGGAGAUUGUCCUGCAGUUUGGCUUCAUCACCAUUUUUGUGGCGGCCUUUCCUCUGGCUCCUCUCUUCGCCCUGCUAAAUAACUGGGUGGAAGUGAGGCUGGACGCUUAUAAGUUUGUGUGUGAAUAUCGGAGACCCGUGGCAGAGCGAGCCCAGCACAUCGGUGUGUGGUUCAUCAUACUGGAGGCGCUGUCCCACGUGUCUGUCAUAGUCAAUGCUUUCCUCAUUGCAUUUACCUCAGAUUUUUUGCCUCGCCUGUUGUACCAGUACAAGUUUAACAAUGACCUGCAUGGUUAUGUCAACUUCACGCUGGCUUACUCUCCACCCAGUUAUAACUACUCCAGUCAUACUGUGUGCAGAUAUAAAGCAUUUCGGGAUGAAAAUGGAAAAUACACGCUGGUGUAUUGGGAGCUUCUGGCUGUAAGACUGGGCUUUAUCAUUGCCUUUGAGCAUGUGGUGUUCUUCGUCCUGCGUGUCAUCGACUGGAUGGUUCCCGACAUCCCUGAGUCCUUGGAGCUGAAGAUCAAGCGGGAGCGUUACCUGGCUAAGCAGGCUUUGGCUGAUAACCAGGAGGCCCUGCUGCAAGCGAAGCGCCUCGCUACAUGAGACUGACAUGCAGGGCAGGGGCUUCUCCAGAAGGGGGCACAGUCGCUAAGAAAACACUUUACACCCUUAGAAGUGAUCCAAGAGG